GAAAGUCAUGUCAGCUAAGAGAAGUCUGAUUAUGAUAGUUUGAAUCAAGACUUCUCAGGUAAAGAUUCUCUCUCUUUUUCUUUUGGAAACGUCCUUCAGCAACAAAUGAAGUCUACAUUUAAAAGACAAAAAACGUUUUUUAAAAAUCUCAUAAAAAUAAAGAAGCAGCAAAGUUGAUUGUAAUUUGGAAAAGUCAUGGAAGAUAGGACGUUUAUGACAGUUUCCUUGUCUGCUUUUCUCAUUGAAUCUUUAGGACUGCUAAUUAAAUGCUUUCAAUACCUUAUAAUUAGGUGUAUGAACCGAGGUAUCCUGACCCUCUAAGAAUCCUCAAACCUGAAAUGCCCAGUAUAUAAAAGCUGGACUAAAGGGGAAAAUAUUUGACUUGAAGGCAGCACUGACAGUAAUGUAUUUAUCAGAUAAUACAGUGUUAUAUGUGAGAUUUCUCUCGACUGUCGAAUCCCAGGAGACUCCAUCGCGGCAGCUUGCUUGUCUCGCCGCACUAGAAUCGAGUUUCCUUGGCGCGUGAGGCUCCUUCCCGCCCCGCUGCAGUCAAGUCUGGGUUCGGUUUGUGAAGUUCUCUGACCUCCUGGCGGACGCCUGUGCCCAGAAGGUGUGACCCUCGACGGCGCACGGCUCCCGCGGCGGCCGGCAGAGCUCCGCGAGUCCGGGGAGCCGCGCAGGCGGAGUUCCCCACCUGAGGCCGCCGACCGCGACGGGCGCCCAGGCACCGCGCCGUGACGUCACGUUGGGGACUGCGGUUGCCGCGAGACGGCCGCGUUCCGGUUCCGGUCGGUUGCCCGGGAGACGCGGGUACACAGAGAGAGCCUCUGCCGUCGGAGGCCGAGCUGUAGCCGCGGUUGCCCGCUCCAUAGACUCGCAGGUCCGGCUCUGUCGAGUCAGGCACUGAGGAGACGGUGACGCGCGCAGAGACGCGGGCGCCAUGAGUCAGAGGCAGGUGCUGCAAGUGUUCGAGCAGUACCAGAAAGCCCGGACCCAGUUCGUCCAGAUGGUGGCGGAGCUGGCGACCAGACCCCAGAACAUCGAGACGCUGCAGAACGCGGGUGUAAUGGCUUUGCUGAGGCCUCUUCUUCUGGAUGUGGUCCCAACAAUUCAACAGACUGCUGCUUUGGCUCUGGGGAGACUGGCUAAUUAUAAUGAUGACCUGGCAGAAGCAGUCGUGAAGGGUGAUAUUCUUCCACAGCUUGUUUAUUCACUGGCAGAACAGAAUCGUUUUUACAAGAAAGCAGCUGCCUUUGUGUUACGAGCGGUUGGUAAACAUUCUCCCCAGCUAGCUCAGGCAAUAGUUGAUUGUGGAGCGCUGGACACACUGGUGAUUUGCUUGGAAGAUUUUGACCCUGGAGUCAAAGAGGCUGCAGCCUGGGCACUUGGCUAUAUUGCAAGACAUAAUGCAGAGCUGUCACAAGCUGUGGUGGAUGCGGGAGCUGUUCCUCUCUUAGUGCUCUGUAUCCAGGAGCCAGAAAUUGCUUUGAAAAGGAUUGCUGUUUCAGCCCUCAGUGAUAUUGCAAAGCAUUCUCCAGAGUUAGCACAGACAGUGGUGGAUGCAGGAGUGAUUGCUCACUUAGCCCAGAUGAUCCUGAACCCUGACGCUAAACUGAAGCGUCAGGUCCUUUCAGCUCUCAGUCAGAUUGCGAAACAUUCUGUGGAUCUGGCAGAAAUGGUGGUCGAAGCAGAGAUUUUUCCAGUGGUACUUACCUGUCUGAAGGACAAAGAUGAAUACGUGAAGAAAAACGCUUCUACUUUAAUUAGAGAGAUUGCAAAACAUACACCCGAGCUUGCUCAGCUGAUAGUGAACACUGGGGGAGUUGCUGCCGUGAUCGACUGCAUCGGGUCCUGCAAAGGGAACAUAAGGCUGCCAGGCAUCAUGCUGCUCGGCUAUGUGGCAGCUCAUUCUGAGAACCUGGCAAUGGCGGUCAUCAUUUCCAAGGGUGUGCCCCAGUUGUCCCUCUGCUUGUCAGAAGAACCAGAAGACCAUAUUAAGGCUGCUGCCGCCUGGGCCUUGGGGCACAUUGGGAGACACACUCCUGAGCACGCACGGGCCGUCGCUGUCACAAACACUCUGCCUGUCCUGCUCUCUUUGUACAUGUCAACCGAGAGUUCUGAGGAUCUUCAAGUGAAAAGUAAAAAAGCCAUAAAGAAUAUCUUACAAAAAUGCACCUAUUUGCCAGCUCUUGAACCAUUUCUGUAUGAUGCUCCUCCCAAUAUUCUGAAGCAUGUGGUUGGACAAUUCAGUAAGGUGCUGCCACAUGAUAGCAAAGCUCGACGACUUUUUGUAACAAGUGGUGGACUUAAAAAGGUGCAAGAGAUAAAAGCAGAACCUGGAUCUCUCCUUCAAGAAUAUAUCAACAGCAUUAACAACUGUUACCCAGAAGAAAUAGUAAGGUAUUAUUCCCCUGGAUAUUCAGAAACACUUCUGCAGAGAGUGGACAGCUAUCAACCACUUACUAACUGAGCAAAGUUACAUUUUUAUGCUCGAAUUGAUAGCAAAGUAUUUGUGAAUGAUAUUUGUUAAAGCUCUUUCUAAGUAUUUGAGCUAAAUACAUACUAAUUUAGUCAAUGUGAAAUACUUUUGGAUAAUAUUUUCUAAAUUUAUGUAACACUUUAAAAAACUAGUGGUUUGAAUGUAUGAGGAACUAGUCACGAUCCUUUGCAUAGGAUCUGAUGGAAAGGCAAAUUUAAAAAACACAAUAAAGGGUCUUCACAAA